CAACUCCAUUUCUUAACUCAGACAUCCUCUCUCUCUCCCUUUCUGUCAAUCUCUCUCUACGCGAUCUAGUAACUGACUCACAAUUUCUGUAAAGCUAAAAACUUAAAGUUAAAAAUUUUGAAAAUUUCAUCUCUUUCAAUUUAGAUUUCUAGGGUUUAUUUUAAAUAUUUUGUUAUGCUUUUUGCUUCUUAGCUUGCGAUGAUAUAAACCAAAAUUUCGCAAAUUUAUCAGUGGGAUGGAGCUCAGAUUCGUAGCUCCAAGCAUGUGAAAUUCAAGUUACGGUGCUGGUUGUGAGGCUCAUAGGAUUCUAGCUCACAAUCCAGAAUUCUUCAAAGCUUCACUAUUGUGAAUUGAUUGUAUUAAAGAACCGAAUCCUUUAUUGUCGUUGAGCUCUACAGUUUCGGUAUUUGGAAAUGGAUUUGCUUUAGGAACACUUUGCCAAGUGGUAUCUCAGGUCAAAAAAAUUUGAAACAUGCCUUCUUGGUGGGGAAAGUCAUCAUCCAAAGAAGUGAAGAAGAAAACAAACAAGGAAAGUUUCAUUGAUACCUUACACCGGAAAUUUAAGAUUCCUUCAGAAGGUAAACCAAACAGUAGAUCAGGAGUAUCUCGUAGACAUGGCAAUGACACAAUUUCAGAAAAGGGAUCUCAAUCCCGACCAGAAUCUAGGUCUCCUUCACCUUCUAAACAGGUAUCUAGGUGUCAAAGUUUUGUCCAAAGGCCUCAUGCUCAGCCGCUGCCACUUCCUGAUCUGCAUCCUGCAAUAGUUGGUCGUACAGACUCUGGAAUUGGCAUAUCAUCAAAAUCAAGGCCAGAAAAAGGCUCCAAGUCAUCAUUAUUUCUGCCUCUCCCAAGACCUGCAUGCAUACGUCAUAGGCUAAAUCCUAAUGAUACAGAUGGAGAUUGUGUUACUGCUUCAGUUUUCAGUGAGAGCUCAGCUGAAAGUGAUGAUCCUACCGACGCACAUCAUCGUAGUCUGCAAGCAACUGAUUAUGACAAUGGGACUAGGAUUGCGGCAAACAGCCCUUCCAGCUUGUUGCUCAAGGAUCAAUCUUCUGCAGUCAGCCAAAGUAACUCAAGAGAGGCAAAAAAACAGACUAACAUUUCAUUCGGUUAUAGUAUCUCUCCAAAAACACCUAAGAGAAGACCUUUAAGCAAUCAUGUGCCAAAUCUUCAGAUCCCACAUAAUGGUGCUUUCAGCAGUGCUCCUGACAGCUCCAUGUCAAGUCCAUCUAGAAGCCCAUUGAGAGCUUUUGGCUCAGAGCAAAUAAUGAACUCUCCUUUCUGGGCUGGAAAGACUUGUGCUGAUGUUACUUUGCUUGGAUCUGGCCACUGCUCCAGUCCUGGCUCAGGUCAGAAUUCUGGGCAUAAUUCAAUGGGUGGAGAUAUGUCAGGACAGCUAUUUUGGCAACCAAGUAGGGGCAGCCCUGAGUAUUCUCCAAUACCUAGUCCUAGGAUGACCAGUGCUGGUCCCAGUUCGAGAAUUCAUAGUGGUGCUGUCACCCCUAUUCAUCCUAGAUCAGCAGGAACAGCUACUGAAACACAUACUAGUUGGCAUGAUGAUGGAAAACAACAAAGCCACAGAUUGCCCCUUCCUCGUGUAACAACUUCCAUUUCUUCUCCUUUCUCCCAUUCAAAUUCAGCAGCAACAUCUCCUUCUGUGCCACGAAGUCCAGGAGGGGCAGAGAAUCCUGUAAACCCUGGGUCACGGUGGAAAAAAGGGAAGCUUCUGGGUAGAGGCACAUUUGGUCAUGUUUAUGUUGGUUUUAACAGUGAGAGUGGUGAAAUGUGUGCGAUGAAAGAGGUUACGUUAUUUUCUGAUGAUGCCAAGUCAAAUGAAAGUACUAAGCAGUUGAUGCAGGAAAUUGCUCUGUUGAGCCGUUUAUGGCAUCCAAAUAUUGUGCAAUACUACGGCUCUGAAAAGGUUGAUGACAGGCUUUACAUAUACCUCGAGUAUGUAUCUGGUGGGUCUAUUUAUAAAAUCCUCCAGGAGUAUGGGCAGCUUGGUGAACUAGCAAUUCGCAGUUAUACUCAACAGAUCUUGUCUGGGCUUGCCUACCUACAUUCUAAGUCUACCGUCCAUAGAGAUAUUAAAGGAGCAAACAUACUGGUAGACCCAAAUGGUCGAGUUAAGUUGGCAGAUUUUGGGAUGGCAAAGCAUAUUGCAGGACAGUCAUGUCCACUUUCAUUUAAAGGAAGCCCUUACUGGCUGGCACCUGAGAUUAUAAGAAACCCUAGUGGUUGCAACCUUGCUGUGGAUAUAUGGAGUCUUGGAUGCACUGUUUUGGAAAUGGCUACAACGAAACCUCCUUGGAGUCAAUAUGAAGGGGUUGCGGCUAUGUUCAAGAUUGGAAAUAGCAAGGAACUUCCACCCAUUCCAGAUUACCUCUCAGAUGAAGGGAAAGAUUUUGUGCGCCAGUGUUUGCAACGCAACCCACAACAUCGUCCUACUGCAGUUCAGCUUUUAGGCCACCCAUUUUUAAAAUAUGCUGCACCUAUGGAAAGGCCUGUUCCAGAUGCUGAGCCUUCAGAUCCUACCCCUGGCGUGACAAGUGGGGUGAAAACUCUGGGCAUUGGACAAGCCAGGAAUUAUUCCUCCCUGGAGUCAGAGCAACUUGCUGUUCAUUCAUCUAGAGUACCUAAACUGCAUGCUAGUGAUAUCAAUAUUCCAAGGAAUGUAUCUUGCCCUGUUUCACCCAUAGGAAGCCCUCUUCUACAUUCAAGGUCACCGCAACAUCUAAACGGAAGAAUGUCUCCUUCUCCCAUAUCUAGCCCUCGGACCACUUCAGGCUCAUCUACACCCUUGACAGGUGGCAGUGGUGCUAUACCUUAUGGUUAUCUUAAGCAAUCGCCUUACUUUCAGGAGGGUCUUGGUAGCAUGCCAAAGCCCUCAAAUGGACUUUAUGUCAGUGGCUCUUCCUGUCAUGAUAAUAAUCCUGACAUUUUUCGAGGCUUGCAAGCAGGUUCUCACAUCUUUUCUGAACUGGUGCCAUCAGAAAAUGACAUUUUAGGAACUGGAAGAUCAGUCCAUGGGGAAUCUUAUGAUGGACAGUCUGUAUUAGCUGAUCGUGUUUCUCGACAGCUUCUGAAGGAUCACGCAGCAAUGAGCCCAUCCCUGGAUCUAAGUCCCAGCUCUCCUUUACCUUACCGGAGUGUUAUUAUCUAAACUCAGCUUUGAAGAUUCAUUGAUCAGAGUGUCUUUUGGGUCUUACGGGAUCAGUUUGUAUUCAUCACUUUAACUUCUUCUAAGGCAGUGUAUGGAUCAAAUAUGGAACCAGAACAGAAAUUCGAGGAAUAAGGUUGAAGAGCAAGGAAGUGAGGAGGCAGGUAGGUCAUUUGCCAAGGAUCGGGGUUUAGGUGUUCAAUAGACCAUUUAUUGAUUCCAGUUAGAUGUUCAAUAGACCAUUUAUUCAGGUGAAAAUAUUCCCGGAAAAUAAGAAUGUUGCUGCCGUACGGCAUGAAUCUUGUACAGAGUUGAGUGUGUAAAUCAACUAAUGCUUGACUGAACUGCAGUGGUGAGAAGUUACUUGGCAAAAAAUGUCUUGGCUGCAAAUCAAGGGGAAGAUCCUCGGCUUUCGGUAGACACAGUUGUACAGAUGUUUAAGGAACCAAAUCAGAAUUCCAAGUUUUGUGAGGAACUGAACUAAUAAUUCUAAUGGUCUAGUGCACUUUACGACCCUUGGUGGUUACUAAGCAAAGGGAUUUUACAGGUUUUGGUAGCUUCACGAUCUUGUUGCAUUUAAAGCUUGCAUCUGUACAUUAUACUUUGAGGAGAGAGGGACCUUGAACUACUGAAAGAGAUUUAACACAAAAUUGCUUUAAGCGUCCAAAAUUCAACCGUGAA